AUGGUUUCAUUUUCAGCCGGGUUUUCUUUUGUUGGUCCUUCACAUCCCAUCAUUACUUAUGUUGGUGAUGAAGUAAUGCUGCCAGCCUUCCUUUCUCCAGAACUGAAUGCUCAAGGCUUUGACAUCAAGUGGACAACGCUUAAGUCUUCGUCACCAGUGCUUUUAUACCAGAAUAACAGUAUCAUAACUCGGAUUGAAUCCUACACGGGAAGAACUGUGUUUUCACGGGAGAAUUUGAAAUACAUGUCUUUAAUAAUCAGGAAUGUCAGAGUUUCAGAUGGUGAUCUCUACAAAUGCCUUGUGUUUUCUGAACAGUGGGAGGAUGAGGCUCGCAUCAAUUUGAUUGUUGAAGUUUUAGGUUCUCAGCCCUCCAUUUCCAUGAUCUCCACUCAAGACCAGAACACCACAUUAGAGUGCAGUGCUGAGAAGUGGAACCCACAGCCAAAAAUCAUCUGGAGGGACAUGAAUGGAGAAGACAUGACAUCACAGUCAACAGUAGCAACACAGGAAGAUACUGAGGGACUUCUGACAGUGAAUAGUGUCAUCCCGGUGAAGAAAGAGUUCAAUGUGUUUGUCUUCCUGUUGAGAAGUAAGGCACCAAAAACAGACUGGCCAUCAAGACUCACUGUCUACAGUUUCUCCCCAGGAGUUUCUGUCUGGCUGGUGUUGUUCUGGGUCUUGUUGGCAGUUUGUGUUGCAGUGACUUCUCUGCUGGCAAUUCAAUGGAGAAAAAUGAAAGCUUCAGCUGAUGUCACUUUUGAUCCUGAGGCUGCAAGUCUGUGGCUCAUUGUGUCUGAAAACGGGAAAGAAGUGAGGCAUGUAGACACAAGACAGACAGUGGCAGACAAUCUAAAGAGGUUUGACCGCUGGGUUAAUGUCCUGGCCAGAGAAGGCUUCAUCUCAGGGAGACACUACUGGGAGGUGGAAGUCGGGGAGGAGACUGCGUGGGAUUUAGGAGUCACCAGAGAAUCUGCUGACAGGAAGGGUUGGAUUAAUCUGAGCCCAUAUGAUGGAUACUGGAGUGUGGUACUGAGGAAUUCAAAUGUGUAUGAAGCUUGUGAUAACAGCAUUAUGUCCUUCUCCCUGAGAGUGAAGCCCAGGACAGUGGGAAUCUUUCUGGACUAUGAUGAAGGUCAAGUCUCUUUUUACAAUGCCCAGUCUCAUUCUCACAUGUACACCUUCACAGACUCCUUCACUGAGACCCUGUACCCGUUUUUUGGUCGUUCUUUAAAUGAUGCUGAUAGAAGGGCGGCCCCUCUGGUCAUCCGGCCCCUCUGCACACAAUGGUCACUCAGGACACUUACCUCUCCGUAUUAA